CUUACAUAAAUAGAUGUAAUUUUGUAACUAGGCAAAUAAGAUUGAUAUCAAAAUUGAUUGACAAGUCAUAUGAUUUCUAUUAUCUAUUCAAUGAAAUAGAUGAUUUCUCAGAUGUUCUUACAUGAGGAAAUCAGACGAAGACAUGGCACCCAUCCAUGAAAUCAUUGACUAUUACAGCGGAACAGUUAGAUGAAAACUACCUGGUUUGUGUCCGUGAGAUAACCGUGAUUGGUGGUUGGAGACGUUGGGUGACAUUGCUCAGAAUCGGUCAUAGUGAGACAGUUGGAUUAGCUCGUUGCCUUCCUCCAAGUGUGGAAAUCCAAGAUUACUUUGCACAUUACAUUCCUCGGAUUAAUUCCUAUUUGUGUUGUAUCCCUCAAUAUUUAAUCUUUCUCAAUAUCAAUAGUGCUAAUAUUAUACAGACUCUUGUUGUUCAUGUUCUUAAUUACAUCUCGUCAUGCUAAUAAGGUAUGGCAACAUCGGCAAGGUUCGAACAAGUGUGUACAAUAUGAGUAGGAUAAGGGAUUAAUUGUUUCGUUUAUUUGUGCUCUUAAAGCGAAUUCACUGAGAUGUGCACCAUCCUCUUUAAAUGAAAAAUAUCUCUCAUUAAAAGAAUGAUCUAAAACUACCCAUUCAGUAUUUUCACAACCAGGUUUUAAUUCUUGGACAAAUAUCUCAACAUUAUUUCAAAUAAAUUGAACAUUAGGUUGGAAGUUAAUAAUAAUAAUAAUGUUUAUUUUUUUAUUAUGUCCCAAUGAUAAGAAAAGUGUACUUCUAGUCAUUAGUAUAUUACAAAAAAUAUAAUUAUAAUCUCAACAUUGAUUUCGACAGAAUUCGGUGGAUGUUAGAGACUAGGCAGUAGUAAGUGUGAUCAGCCGUAAUGGGUUGGUGUCUGACGAAUUCUCAGCACGAAUUCGGAAAGCUCGUCUGGCUUUUGUCAACUUAUGUCACUUAUGGCGAAAGCGAGAUAUCCGACUAUCAAUUAAGGGACGAGCACACUGAGCAGCAGUUCGUUCUUUUCUACUUUACGGCUACGAAACGUGGACAUUAAGAGUAGAACAUACUCGUAAGCUACUGGUUUUUGAUCACAUAUGCCUAAGAAAUAUCGUUCGCGUCUGCUGGGAUCACCGGGUAAAUAAUAGUGAGGUUAGACACAGGGUAUUGGUGAACGAUAGAAAGUCAGUUGAUGAGGUUGUGAAUGUUCAUCGACUGAGAUGGUUGGACCACGUGUCGCGUAUGCCAGAACACGGAUUACCACGACGCGCAAUGCUGAUUAGUGUUGGGGAUGGUUGGAAGAGAGUUAUUUUCGGCCAAACCAAAACGUGGCAUCAGUACUUGAAGCCACUAACUUCUAGUCUGAGCCAUGUUGGUAGAUACAGACUACGUAGUUGGGGUCCGCGUGACUAUCGACGUCAGAAUAAUGUUCAUUCAUUUCUAUGCAUACUGCCAGUCAUCAAAAUGUCUCCGAUUGUACAUUUUUGUAACUUGUACAGAGAAAGGUCGUGAAUUUUUCACAAAAGCACCUGAAUAGAUCAUGCGAUUAACUGUUAAAACGAACAAGGAAAGAGAUAACUUACUGAAAUCUCUAGAUGAUAGAAACAAGUGGCCCGGAUAUUCAAGCAGUCUGCCUUAAGAAAAUACUCUGAUAUAAUUACAAUAAGUCAAUAUUUCGUUUAAAAAAACUUACCAUAAUCUGACAUUAUUUUAUUAAAACAAGAAUUUUUCAUAGAUAAUGGUUAGUAGUGGAACCCAGGACACGCGUUCCGUGCCACGUUGGACUUGUUAGCUGGAUCUACUUGCAUUCCGCAGUUGAUGUUCACUCCGUGAGGGACUCGAACCCAGCAUAGUUCGCUCCAAACGUAAUCGUGUUAUCGACUUACCUACUGAGUCUUCCCUUUGAUGUUUAGAACUGCAAUUGAUCAGUCUCUUAUUGGCAUUUGUGUACACCGUGCGUAUUACCUCGAUAUAGGACGAAACGUGCGUCCUGGAUUCCACCGCUAGCCACUAUCCAUCUUUGCAUAUAAUGCUUUUGGAUUAAGGUCAUAUCAAUGCAAUACGCACAGUAUGCAUAUAUGCCAAUGAGAGACUGAUCAAUUGCAGUCUUAAACAUCAAUGGGAAGAUUCAAAUCAACAAUACCAAGUGAAUUUAAGAAUUAGUCAUGUUAAUAUUUAUUCAAAGUUAUGUUUUCCUACAUAUCACCUUAAGUUUAUUUACUAUUUUGUCUAACAAGACAUUAAUCAACCAACCAAUGACAAGAUGAACGUAGUCAAUAUCGAAAUGAGAUACAAGCAAAUAUCGGUAUGAAGAAAAUCAACAUAACCGAAUCCAUGUAUUUUAGUGGUAAGGUUCUGAUGCUAUGUUUAUGUGAUUUAGUAUAUUUGUGCCUGUCCAUUUCUUCAUUUGAUCUACUUCUAAACGUAUAUGUCAACUUUAUGUAAAUGUUCAUCGUUUACUUCCUUCUAUCUAAUCAUGAUGUCAUGUGAAGCUGUGGUUCUGUAUAGUUAUGCAGUAGUCUUUCUAAAAACUUCUAGAAAAGAUACGAAUGUUACCUAAUUUCUUAAUUUUUCUAAUUCCAAAAUGCAGCUUGAUGCAGUGUAAUUUUUUAAGUAUUUUCUGGAAAAACUAGAAAAUGGACCUGCUGAAAGACAUCCUAAGUAAGCUAGAUUAUUACUGUAGAUAAAUAGAUGACACGUUAAUCGUAUGUGACGAAAAGUUCAAUAAAUAAACUUAGAUGCUUGAUUAACAAAUUACAUUACAAAGAACCGGACUAUAAGGGAUUGACUGUUAGCUAAUGACUAAUUCUUGUCUGUUAUAACCUGAACGAAAAAAUUAAUAAAGUUACAAGUGAACUAACAACAUAUUAUCAUUUAAUGGAAGAUACAUCUUGUGAUAACCAAAUAAACAAUAUUUAUGUUUCACUUGAUCACUUUUCCUAAUAGCAAACAAAAAUAAAAAGAGAUCUAACCGUGAGUGCAGACUUCAACACACGACUCUCUGGAGUGGCUUUGCUUUGUUAAUCAAUCACCCUUGUAACCGUUAUUAUGUAAACCUUAAAGGUGUUUAAAAUCAGAAGGCAAUGAGAAGCACAACUGCAGUUUAUUAGGGGAUAGCACAGAUCACAGAGCUACAAGCACAUCGAGCGAAUUCUAAUAUGCGAGCAACUACAUAGGCAAAUUAAUAGUCAAAUUGUAUAAGGACGCAACAAGGCAAAGCAAGGAUUAAUAAUAGGAUUUGAGUACAUAUAUACAUGGGGAAGAGAAUGAAUUAUCGAGUGACGUUUAAGCAAUCAACAUUUUAGCUGUAGUCUAUCAUUUGAUCUCAUGAUCAUAACUGCAAAGAAAUAUGCGAAUUGUCACUGUUCAAAUAACAUUUUCUUUUAAGUAAGUUAAUAAAAACGGCUUAAUCAUAAUGGAUUUUGGUUGUAGAAUAGUUGCUAUAUCCCGGACAAUAAUCCAAUGUAAUAGGAGUUGGAAUAUUUAGUAUUCUAUAGCGUUUUAUUGUAUACAUGAUAAAUUUUAUUCUUCCA